GCAGCUGGGCUGCACCGUUCACAAGUCGUGAACACAACGGCAAUAGCAAAGGACGAUACAACUGAUCUAUUUGGGUGGACAUUGUAUGGCUAGUAAUAUUACACCCAGCCAAUUGCGCGAUUCUUCCAGUAAACUUUGGUGAACUUCUGAUAUCAAAAAUUCCUUAGCAGCAACGAAUUGCUAAUAAUUGGUACAUUCGCCGUGCCAGGCUGUAGAUUUUCCCCGAGCAUCACCAACUGAUGUCACGCGAAGACACGGGCCUCUCCCAGGGUGGAAGUGGCGCAGGACCACGCGAUUACGGGGCGACCAGUAGCAGUACCGUAACAGCCGUGGCGAUGGACGCGGGGAACUCGGGCGGCUUCAGCCCGACUGAAUUUAUCUCGCUGAGCGAGUCAAUUGCGGCCAACACAAUCUUCGUGAAGCAGAGUUGGCAGUUUCUGGAGAAGGCAAACCGAACCGUCGGCACGACAAAGGAUAAUCAAUCGCUUCGGGACAAGGUUCACGAGAUGCAAACCGGGACAAACCAAAGGGUUUCGACGACAAGCAAGGAUCUGCAGAGGCUCACGGUUGUUGUGCGACGAGGUGAUAAGCAACAAAAGUUGCAAGUUGAGAAACUUACUUCAGAUUUCAAGCAUGUGCUUCAAAUGUACUCCAAGAGCCAACAGGUUAUCGCCGCAAAAAUGAAGCAGAUUCUGCUGGUGAACGUCUCCCAACAGGACGAUAUCAGUCGUGACUCGCUUGGCUAUGGCGACACCGCAAACAACCAGGAUCGCCAACUUCUCCAACAGCAGCAGCAACAGAUACAGCAAAGUCUCGAGUUCGAGCAGGAUAUGCUGCUCGAACGGGAGCAACGAUUCCGCCAAAUCGAGGCCGAUGUACUGGACGUGAACCAGAUCAUGAAGGAGCUGAGCGGUCUCACCUAUCAGCAGGCCGAAGUUAUUGAUACAAUCGAAAACACUAUCGAGACGACUGUCGCAAAUGUGGAAUCCGGCCGAUCGGAAUUGGCCAAAGCCGCCGAAAGCCAGAAUAAGUACCGCCGUAAGGUACUCAUUCUUCUGUUGAUCGCUGUGAUAUUAGGAAUUAUAGUCACGGGAAUAAUCGUUUCCAAACUUAAAAGCUAAAUGGCACCCCCUUGGGAAUGCCAUUUUCUCUGUUUUCAUUCAUCUCCUUUUUUGUUUAAGUUUAUAUAUCUUUAUUUAUAACGAUUGUUUUAAUCAUUCUUCCAACAGCGAACACAUUCAUUCGCUAUAUCAAUGUAACAGAAAUUCGAAACGCUGAAAUGUUAUACAUAACCAUGAGCGAAUACAAAAUAAUUAUAAGUUCUGUUGCACUCGUACGGUAUCUGAAUGAAAGAAAAGAUUUGUUAUCUCAAUAAGUUUGCCUUUAAAUUUUCUUAGGCUAGUGAACAUAUAAAUCCAAUCAAUUGUAUGGAUUAGAUCAUAUUUAAAAAGGGUUUACUUCAGCUGGCGGUUAGGAUUUGCACCCGACAGUCAAUGAAUAAAUUUGAGGGGAAUCUGUAGCAGACAUGAAAGUCUGUGUUAUGAUACAAGAACGAAACGAAAUGGACCCCAUAUAUCAGUGGAAAUCAAACAGUUAUCUUUAGUAUGAGUUAUAAUAGUGAACAGAUCGAGAAAUAUAGAUCAUAGAACCAAAACAAAUUCA